CCCUGAAUGCUUCUUUGGAUCUCAGCCUCUAGGUGCCAAGGAAGGGGAGUCCCUGGGCAGACUAAUCCCUGACCCAGACAGCUUCCUGGGAGAAUCCCAAAGACCUUUGCCUCCCCUUCCUGAGCCUCUGGGCAAGGAGGGAGGGAUCUUGGUUCCAGGGUCUUGGUACCCCCUGUGCCAUUUGAGCUGCUUGCGUUCAUCAUCUCUAUUAAUAACCACCCUCCCUCCCCCACUGCCAGUGCUGCCCCCACGCCUGCCCAGCUCGGGUUCUCCCGUCACAGCAGCUCAGUCCUCCAAAGCUGCUGGACCCCAGGGAGAGCUGACCACCGCCUGAGCAGCCGGCUCCACCCACCUCCACAAUGCCGCUCUCAGGGACCCCAGCCCCAAACAAGAAGAGGAAAUCCAGCAAGCUGAUCAUGGAACUCACUGGAGGUGGACAGGAGAGCUCAGGCCUGAACCUGGGCAAGAAGAUCAGUGUCCCAAGGGAUGUGAUGUUGGAGGAGUUGUCGCUGCUCACUAACCGGGGCUCUAAGAUGUUCAAACUACGGCAAAUGAGGGUGGAGAAGUUUAUCUAUGAAAAUCACCCUGAUGUCUUCUCUGACAGCUCAAUGGAUCACUUCCAGAAGUUCCUUCCCACAGUGGGGGGACAGCUGGGUACAGCUGGUCAGGGAUUCUCCUACAGCAAGGGCAGCAGUGGAGGCCAGGCAGGGGGAAGCGGCUCUGCCGGACAGUAUGGAUCUGGCCAGCAGCAUCAUCAUCAGGGGUCUGGGUCUGGAUCUGGGGGUGCAGGUGGUCCUGGGAGCCAGACUGGCAGAGGAGGAGAUGCUGGCACAACAGGGGUUGGUGAGACAGAAACAGGAGAUCAAGCAGGUGGAGAAGGAAAACAUAUCACUGUGUUUAAGACCUAUAUUUCCCCAUGGGAGAAAGCCAUGGGGGUUGACCCCCACCAAAAAGUGGAGCUUGGCAUUGAUCUGCUGGCCUAUGGGGCCAAAGCUGAACUCCCUCAGUAUAAGUCCUUCAACAGGACAGCAAUGCCUUAUGGUGGAUAUGAGAAAGCCUCUAAACGCAUGACCUUCCAGAUGCCCAAGUUUGACCUGGGCCCCUUGCUGAGUGAACCCCUGGUCCUCUACAACCAGAACCUCUCCAACAGGCCUUCUUUCAAUCGAACCCCUAUUCCCUGGCUGAGCUCCGGGGAGCCUGUAGACUACAACGUGGAUAUUGGCAUCCCCUUGGAUGGAGAAACAGAGGAGCUGUGAGGUGUUACCACCUCUCCUUUGCAUCAUGUUUCCCCUCUCUGGUUCCAAUUUGGAGAGGGAAUGCUGAGUAGGAUAUCCCCACUGAAAAUCCAGUAUCCUUGUGGGAAUGGAGGGGAAAAGGAGGGAGAGAUCUGCCUUUUCAUCCUUCACUCCAAGUCCCCACUCCAAGCAUCCUUUCUCACCAGCUCAGAGCUUCCCUUUACUUGCUCUGUAUGGAAACUGCUCUUUCAUGAAUUUGCUCUGCCACCGGUAACAGCUAAUAAAUUUCAAGGAAAUGA